GAAAGAAUCCAAGAACCGUUUCACUGUGGUCGCGGACAGCAAGAACGGACAGCCAUCGACGAGAAUCGCAGCCAUCUCUGCAUCCGUGAGUACAAGAAGGAAAAAAACUUGCAUCAGCACAGCUGAAUUCGAUAUGAAAGAUCCUGUUCCGGAGUAGGAUCCACACUGCGGAAGUAAUUUCAAUACAGUAAUAUCGUCGGGAUGUACGCUACCAUCCGCGAGUGACCCCAAAAUUAAUGUUCACUGCCAAAUUAGCGACAGUGAGGGUGUUUGGGAGUGAGUGGAAUAGAGAUUUUUUUCUCUGUGUGGUGUUUCGCAGUGAAUGGCUUUUUUCGAUGUAAAACAUUUUCGUUUCCGACUCGGCUUAGUUUUUCCCCUGGAUUCGGUUAGCAUCGGUGUGAAAAAAUCGUGAUUCGAGAGUUUUCGUGUGGAUGUUCAGAAACAGUUUAAAACAGGAAGUACGGAAUCAAAAUUAUCGGUCAGUGAAACAGCGUGAAUGAGUCUGGAAGCUAGCGAAAAUAGAGUGAAACAAAUACAUCGCAAGUAAAAGGAAUACGGUGUUGGAGUUGAUUUAAGAGUUAAAAAAUUGCAUACAUGGCGUAUUGUAAACUAAUAGGAAACGAUACCGAAACCCCGUAAAAUAGGGAAUUAUUGGUUUGGAUACGGCCCCAGAAGAUCAAUGUUGGUUGGAAUAAAAUUGAUGACUUCGGUUGACGUUUUGACUGCUUUGCUGGAGAAUUGUGGUUAACUUCUGCACACGCACACCACGAAAGUAGAGGGCAACAAAAUUCUUAUUUGAUUGAUUUUUGCUGCUGUGAAUCGGCUUCUUCUUCUUCUCCAUUCUGUGUGUUCAAAACGGCCUGACACAUUCCGGUUCCCUACUCUUGGAUACUUCUGGCUGGAAUUGCUGCAAGCAACAAAAUCAAGUACCGAACGACAACAACAAAAACCGUGAAUGCACAUAAAUCCGUUCGACGAACCCAUCAUAACUCGGACCAAGGAUUACAUCGGCGACGAACCUAGUGUAAAGUGCAGUGUCCGUUACUAGCGUGGCACCUCAUCAUUCGUUGCACUGUUUUGUGAAGAAGAAAGUAAUUAUUGUUUCAGUGCUUCUGUUGUGUUCAAUGUCAAAAAAUUAAAGGACUGUUCGUGUACAAGUGUAAGUGUAUUUACCUCCGUUGUGGAGCAUCCCUAAACGAAGGAACGAGUUAAAAAGCUUGUUUAUGUGUGAUAUAGUCAUUACGGUAUAAAAUAUAAUAAUAUCAACGAACGGCCACAGAAAACCCUACUCUUCACCGGUGGGCAGUUUUGAACAAACACCGCCUCUCCUGUGAUAGCGUUCCCGGUAACAUUCCGGUAAACAUAGCAUCAAAUAGCAACAUAGAAAAAUGUCCAGCGAAGAAGAUAAGCCACCGGCACCCCCGGUUCGACUCACCAGCAAUCGCGGUGGUGGCGAACGGAUUGAUAGCACCGCGCCGGUUGACAUGAAGCCGCUUCCGAAAGAACCAGACGACACGGAUCGCAAGAAGAAGACGCUCAAAAACAAAAUUAAGGUGUCAAAAACGUCCAAUGACUCGAAACCCAACAUUAGCUAUCCGACAAACUUCGAGCAUACGGUUCACGUGGGUUUCGACGCAAUAACCGGCGAGUUUACGGGUAUGCCAGAGCAAUGGGCGCUUAUGCUGAAGAAUUCCAACAUUAGCAAGCAGGAACAGAAGAAAAAUCCUCAAGCAGUACUGGACGUACUCAACUGGUUCGACAAUAGUAGCAAGCAGCGGCCGAGUUCCAAGUAUAUGACCCAUGGUCCGCACACUACCACGCACUCCGCAUCGUCCAUAGGUUCCUCGCUGAGCCGAGUCAGCAGCAGCAGUCCGAGCAGCACUCCGACGGAUUCGGAGUUCCACGGACCAGGAGGCGUCGGCCAGGUUCAUCUCUCGCAGGCGUACAGCUUAGGACCUCUAUCGUCGCACCACAACUCAGCCGGUGAUCACGAUAGCGACGAGCUUGGUGGACCGAGCAGCGGUGGCAGCAUCAGCGGCAAUGGCAUACCACCACCGAUCGCGAGCAGACCGGAGCGAACCAAAUCAAUUUACACAAGGCCUAUCGAUGAACCGACACCGAUAUCACCGCCAAUACCUCCGCAUCUCAGUAACGCCACCGCCACUGAAUUGCGCAGUCCCACGUUCGACAAGAACAAGAACUCGACGACGAUUCUGACGGCAACAGUAAAUACCAACUCAACGACAGCAGCGGCGGCCCAAUCACCAACCGCCGUCAGUAAUCUGAGCAACGCCAAUAAUCAACCUCAAGCGACACCGACGGUGCCGACCGUAGGAGGGGUAAUAGCAACGACGACAACCACGACGACGGCGGCCAACAAUGAAACCACGAAUCAGCAACGCGCCAACCUCAAGAAAAAGAAAAUGUCUGAUGAGGAAAUCCUCGAAAAGCUACGAACCAUAGUCAGCGUAGGUGAUCCUAAGCGAAAGUACAACAAGAUAGAAAAGAUCGGACAGGGUGCAUCUGGUACCGUGUAUACCGCGAUCGAGAGUUCCACCGGCAUGGAGGUAGCCAUCAAACAGAUGAACCUCAGCCAACAGCCUAAGAAGGAACUCAUCAUCAACGAAAUUCUGGUGAUGCGAGAGAACAAACAUCCGAACGUUGUCAAUUAUCUGGACAGCUACUUGGUGUCGGAGGAGUUGUGGGUAGUGAUGGAGUAUUUGCCAGGUGGAUCCCUCACCGAUGUCGUUACCGAGACAUGCAUGGACGAGGGUCAAAUUGCGGCCGUCUGUCGGGAGGUGCUGCAGGCGUUAGAAUUUCUCCACAGCAAUCAGGUCAUUCAUCGGGACAUUAAGAGCGACAACAUUCUGCUGGGGCUGGAUGGUAGCGUGAAGCUAACCGAUUUCGGCUUUUGUGCCCAAAUCUCUCCGGAGCAAUCGAAGCGAACCACAAUGGUUGGCACACCGUACUGGAUGGCGCCGGAGGUGGUGACACGGAAGCAAUACGGGCCUAAGGUCGAUCUCUGGUCGCUGGGUAUCAUGGCGAUUGAAAUGAUCGAAGGCGAACCGCCAUAUUUGAACGAGAAUCCGCUACGAGCGCUCUACCUGAUCGCUACUCAUGGAAAACCGGAAAUCAAAGAGAAGGAGAAACUGAGUCCCGUAUUCCAGGAUUUCCUCGAUCAGUGCCUAGAAGUGGAUGUGGAUCAACGAGCCACCGCUCUCGAGCUAUUAAGGCAUCCCUUCUUGAAACUGGCCAGACCGCUGGCAAGCCUAACGCCGCUAAUAAUGGCAGCGAAGGAAGCAACCAAGGGGCACUGAAACGAGGCAAACGCCAAGGAAAAAGGUGGCGAUAAGGAAACAGAACCAGGAAAAACCACGGAGGUCUCCGGGAACCAGUGAUGAUAAACAGGAGCAUUCGUUUGUGAAUUUUGGAGGGUGUGGGUGUGUAGGGCAACUAAACGAGGAGUUGCUACGGACUGGAUGUUGUUAGGAACGAUUGUUUCUCGAUUGGUUCAUAUGAUUUUUAAAAAUCUAUAGCUUUUCAUACACGGAACACCAAACACAUGAAAUGAUUGGUAUUUUUUGAGAUGCAUGGAUGCGAUGGUAUGUGAUGCUUAUUGUGAAAACAAACGUAGAAUGAAAAAGCCAACCUAUUUUAGAGCUCUUCAAAAAGCUAUAUUGAAACAUGUUAAAUUUAAGCAGCAAAGUCUAAAAAAGUGUUGUUAGUGAAUAAGCUUCCCAGCUGAAACAAUAACAGAGAAACUAGCAUAGUCGUAGAACAAACCAAUGUAGGUCAAACGUGAGAGAUUAUGAUAGUGUCCCGUAGUGUGGGAAAAUUUGUACAGUCUUCGUGUAUGUGUGUGUCUGAAUGUGUGUAUGUAUAUAUAUAUAGAGUACAAACAAGACGACAGACGAGAUGUUGAUCGUAGGAAAAAGAAAUUUUCAUGCACAUUAUUUCGACCAUCUAUUCUUUUUACAACGAUGGUUGAGUGACUGAUACGUGUCUAGUAGGAGCCGCAAAGAAAGUAUGUGUAAUGUACAGCCGAACAAGGUGGACAAUUUCAUUUCGCUCAAACAAAAAUAACAACAUUAAAUUGCAACUCCCGAAAGCAAAUACAUAAACGAGAUUAAAGAUAAUUACAUUAGAAAAAAAACCACAAAUAACGUGAAAAGUGCCUACACCAAGUGUAUGUGUCCACAAAAUAUAAACAAAAUGAAAAAGAAAACAGAACACAUUGAGCAUCCAGAAUGUAAUUUAAAUUAUUUAACUACUUUUUAUAUGUGAGCUAAUUUCAAGUAAAAGUCGAAGGCCACAAUCUAUGUUCGACGUUCGACAAAAGUAUUAACCGUCGGUCGAUAUCUUAUUUUUCACUAUCGCCAUACCAUAAUAUGCUAAUGAUACUAAUCGCAUUCGGACAACCCUGGUAUUUUGCGAGCAAUAUCUGCAAAAUUAAAUUGUACUCCGUAACGGCGAAGGUAUAUCUAACCAACGAUAAACUGUUGUUUAUUGCUCACUUUUGAAUAGAUGGUCCUUCGGAUCAUUUAUCACCUCUAAUUGUUUUUGAUUAACCAAUUAUCAUUUAUUGCAUUCUUUAAAAAUUAAGUUCAUCUCGAAAAAAAGCAAAAGCUAACGCGACACAAUCCCCCUUAUUCUGCGCCGUAACGUGUGAUAACAGUAGUCGUGUCAAAGUCGCUCUAUUCUGGAAGUCACUUUACACAUGAAAUGUUUUUUUUUCCCUUCGCACUCGUCUUCCGGAGUAACGGAGUAACACAAGUGACUCGAGCCAUCUAACGUUACUCACCGCAUAGAACAUGGAGAAUGAGCCGAAAAUUUACCUGUUAUUUUCGUCUUUGUAAAUAGGCCUAUAGAUGAAGGAUUUAUUAGUUUGCUGGCGUUUUUUAUUUCCCUUUCUUCCAAAAGAAGUAAAACUGCAUAUUAAACUGGAAAAUGAAUGUAUGUGUAUGUAGAUAGAUAACAGUAAGUGUAGGAGCGCUGGUGAGCGUGGGUAUUGUGUUAACAGGAUAUUCAAACGUCUCCAUUUGAACAAAAUUUUCGUUUCGGCUUUUUUUUCUGGUCCCAUUUCAUCCUGAACAUUAUGGAGCCAAACAGCAGUACUAGAGGCUAAUUUAGUUUAUAUAAUAAAUAAAUUUAGCUAAUCUUUUGUGCAGUGAACAAAAAUACAUUCUCAGAUCAUUAUCAAUAUUAGCCAGUCAACUAUAAACUAAACCUGGCAGCGACUUGACCGACUGGCAAAAUUGUUGAGGAAGGUUAUAUUCGCGAAAAAUAUCCCCAUACACUGACGCGCCAUCCCUGGCCUCAGUCAGGUACUUAUCAUCUUUUUCAUGUACGGCACUAUCGGGCGGCCUUCCGGCAAUAGGCCGGAACUUUCCCCAUUGCUGUUGAAAACAUACUUGUUGGAAUGUUUUUCUGUUCAAUCUUAGCUGCAUUCAUGUGGGAGAUGUACUUCACGUCGGAACUUACCUCCUUAGUAGAGGACGUAAAGUAGCUGGUUCCCUGUCUGUCGUUGCCAUCCAGCGUUAAAUACGUUUCGUCGUCCAUGACAACCGCAACGUUCUGCUUCUCCGGAAAAUUCUAUUCUCAUUACUUUAUGCCUUUGUUUCUGGGUCACAGCUUGCUGUUCUGACGCUGCCAGACUUGACUUACGUUUCCGCCAGAUGAUGUCUAUCUCCGCUAGGUAUUUUUUCACUGUCUGGCCCAUUGUUCCGACCUCCGGGCCUAAAGCCGGAAACGAUAUAGCCAUAUUUACCUCCAUCCUCUACUUUAGGUUCAGCUGCAAUUCACGACCGCGUAGCACCUUGUUCUCAUUCUUCUCCAGAAGUGUAAGUAUAUUAUGCAUUCCGAAACGGGUGUAUCCGGCGGACUCAAAGUACUUGAUGAUGUCCACUUUCUUCGCAUCCGGUGGAGCUCCCAGUACGCACAAACCAGAAAGCGCUGUUGCUUUACUGUUUUCUCCAUAACUUCCGUAGUUCAACUGAUAGCGCUAUCAAUUUUUUUUUUUUUUUUUGAAAACACAUGGGUUACUAUGAUUGACAAUGCACAAGUGGUCCAGGUGUUAAGGCGAAUGCAUGAAAAAAUGGUAAAAUUUGUUCAUUUUUUUAAUGCAAGUAGUUUGAUUUGCACUUGCGUAUCUCCCGUUUCAAGGCGCCUCUGUUCGCUCCUCUGUGAUUCGACUCGAGACCUCUGAACUCUUCUUCUGGCUUGGAGACAACUAGCGCGGAGAGUGCUAAGGGACUUGCUCCAGACUGCAGACUGGGCGUCGUUUGAUUUUGGACACCCACAUCAAUAAUCCGGCGUGGUCGGGUACGAAAAUCGCGAAAUCGCUGAAAGUGACUAAAUCGACCGUAUAUGAUGUGCUACAACGUUUUCGUGAACAUACAAGGGCAGUCCGAUAAGUACUUAGCCUACAAAAAAACAAAAUUUUUGGAAAAGUGGCGAUUUAUUUCUCAAUUUUAUUUCUAGCUCGAUUCACUUGACCCAGCGAUGCUCCAACUUCUUUAACAUUUUCACUACGAAAGGCGUGUAUAUACGCUCUCGCCAGUCUUUCAAUAUAUACGAAAGGCGUAUAUAUACGCUCUUGCCGAUCUUUCACUUCUUCACAAUAAUCACUGGUCUGGCGCAACACAACGACUGACAUACGCAUAACGCGCCUGAAAAAAACGUUUUCUCGAGGUCUGCAAAGUAGGCCUCUAUGGCCGCGAUGACCUUCUCGUUCGACUCAAAUUCCUGCCUGGCGAGUGACAUUGCCAAGUUUGGAAACAAAAAAAAAUCGCACGGGGCCAAAUCUGAAGAAUACGGUGGAUGGGGCAGCAGUUCGUAGUGCAAUUCGACCAAUUUGGCCGUGGCGACGGCGGAAUUUCCAUUUUUCUAAAAUCCGCGGACACGCCCCCUUUCACACACGGUCAAAACAAGACUACGAAUCCGAUUCGGUUGAAAUUUUGACAGUAGCCGUUUACGAGAAUGUACUACACGAUAGUAAUCUCUCUCGCGAUACUGACACCAUCGGACGAUGAGGCUAAGUACUUAUCGGACCGCCCUCGUACAACUGUUGUUCGGGAGGAUCAGAGGACACGUCGUAGAGGAUCUUACGAUCGGGAGCUGAGGUUGAAGGUAUUGAGAACAAUUAAACACAACACAACUCUAACCAAAGUACAUUCCGUAGAAUCCAUAUGCGAGAAAGAUAUCGUAAUUUCCGUUAUACUCAAACAGGGCCUCGAUGCAACAUCUGGUGGCCAAAGGACACGCUCGAAAGUUGUACAACAAGGUUUUGACGCAGUACGAAGGAUCCAUGCUAAUGGAUGACGAAACGUACCUGAAGAUGGAAUUGGGACAGCUCCCAGGCCUGAAAUACAAGGCCACUGCCAGAGGAGAUGCCCCCAACAAAUUUAAGUUCGAACAAUGGAUUAUCAGCAUUUUGAUAUAAAAUCAUUUUUUGUACCUUCAACCAAUCCCGAGAUACAACUAGUUUUGAGAUUCCGGAUUCUAAAUGUUCCAAGCUUUACAUUCAAAAGUGGGUGCGUGUGUGUUUUUUGACGUGACUCAUAUAGGGUAUUUCAGCAAUUAAUAAUAAUAUGCUCGGUUUGGCUAAUCAGAAGUGGUCAUUUUGGAUUCCAAAAUUGCCACAAAGAUCGAAAACAGCAAUAGAGUUGGAAGGUCUCACGAUUAUUCCCUCAUAGAAUGAUAUUGAACAUUCGCGGGUCGAUACGAUUUUAGAAAUGUAUAUUGGAUAUUGGUGAGCUACGUGACCAUUCCCGACUGAUUUUCGGUUCACUUUGGCUAAUCGGAAAUCUCCAUUUUGGAUUCUAAACUAACCUCAGAGAUCAAUAAUCGUCAUCCACUGGCUUAUUCGAUUGCAAAAUUAAGGCUGAUUUAGACGAUGCCAGUCAGCGCUCUAGUUGAAGUAUCCAGUGAAUAGAGAACAUACACUCUGUUCAAGCUAGAGGCCAAUUACUUGUUCGAUACUGGUAAAAGUAACUUGAAAAGAGUGUCUGUUCUCUGUUCACUGGAUACUUCAACUAGAGCGCUGACUGGCAUCGUCUAAAUCAGCCUUUACUCAUAUUGUGGGGUUAUGAUCCAUCAGAACACAACAGAAUGCCGCGUUGUGCGUUGCUUCUCAUCACCUGUCAUUGCUUGUGUUUUGUUCUAAAACAUUCGCCCGACUCAGUCUGUUGAUUUGCAGUCACGAUCUAGCAUUCGCGUCUCCACUUUUCAUGUAAGCAAAAACAAAAUAAAAUUCGUAUAAAAAUCUUGUUCAUGUUGUCUCCACGGAUCAGUUGAAUGUUUUUAAAAACAACACAUUGACCUAUCCGCGCUGGCGGCAUUGAGCUUCGUUUACUAGUAUAGGGGAGCGUGAAAGAAUAGCUGAUUUUCAGUCGGAAUGAACACGUUUUUAAAACUAAAAUUAUGAAUGAAAAUUAGCUUUUCUAUAUCAAACUAGUAUUCUAUUUAAAUGAAAAACAUUUUUGUUUGCAGGUGGUGAAAAAGUCUCAUACGAAAUAUGUUUAUGAAGACUCUAUAUUAUGAUGAAAAAAUUCAGCAACAGUGUUGGAAUUGUUUAGUCAUAUGGUUGAAUGAAAGUCGGAAACACUUGUUUUAAGUAAUCAAAUAACAUGAUGUGAAAAUUUUCAUUCAAAUUUUAGAAUUUAAAAACCGGCUUCGUGUCUUUUUUUCUGAUAGAGAUUACACUAACGAGUUUGGGACCCAAAUUAUGGCCCUAAUUUGAAGUUACCACCAGACGUCGACACGAUCCAACUGUCAUCGCGAAUUCAGCGCAAUCAGUUUAGAACAAAUGUUAGCGUUUAGUACAACGAUGCUAAUGACGCAACGCAUUAUUGUGUUCGACUAAAUGGAAACACACAUAUUUAAAAUGAAGUGUCAAAGCACAAUUGUCGCAACGCGACGCAUAGCGCGGCAUUAUGAUCCCACUUUUAGCUACAUCUCAGUUUUCAUUUGAGAUCCCUGAAAUUAUGUUGCUUUUUUUCAGAAAACAAAUUCUAUUCUUUCUGCUAUCCUAAAUUUCUCUAAACAUUCAAAUUUGGGCCGUACUAAAACUAUUGUAGCAUUCAAGUUUGGUUUGCGGCAAUCAGUUGGAAUUAUAGCGACAUUUACCCCUUUUCAUCAACUGUACCAUCUCUUUGAGAUUGAUCCAGAAAUUGUUGAUUGAACGCUGUUGUGAAGUGAUAGAAAUACGAGUACAAACAACGAAAGUCUCUCAACUUUAUGAAAUGAGCCUUUUGCGUCAUGAAGUGAUACAAAGUUACAACAAAGUCUGGACUUAUUUAGGAAAUGAUGAAUGGUGUUGUAUUUCCCCCCGUUCGAGCGAAUUGGCUUCCUAAGCAAGCUCCCGGCGUUUCUAGCGAGUCACUACAGACGUGUGUGGCCUUGCGUUGUCCGGAUGGAAAACCACACUUUCUGUUGGCUAAUUCUGGUCGUUUCAGAUCAAUCGCUAGCUUCAAACGGCCUAGUUGUUGAUAGUAUAGAUCUGAAUUUAGUGUUCGGCCAUACAUAAGCAACCCAAAAUAAACGAUUCUUCUCAAGUCCCUCCAAGAACCUUCCUGGUUAUUAGUCCUAGUUUGGCCACCUGAGGCCUUUAGUUUCUAGAAGAACUUCCACGUUACUCGAGAACGAUAAAGCAGCUUCAUCUUUUCACACUUUUUCCUUCCAGGCAGCGUUUUUGUGUCCUGCCUUCGCUUCAGUCGAUGUCGUUCCACUCUUUUAAGUUGAUCUCAUUGGGAACCUCUGUAACGCCAUUUUCGCUGUAUCUCUGUUUGGUAGAGCGUGAGUAAAGGCAGCUUUGCAAUCCGGUCAGAACAGGCAAUCCACCUCAUGCUGCUCCAGAAAAGGUAGAAGUCGGUUUCAUAGACACUCUAAUGGUAAAUUUACUGGUUCAUGGUCCAACAGGAAACAAAAACUUCAGAUUGCUUGCCAGACAAGGAACUUUUGGAGAAUUUCGACUUCUUCUUGAUUUCAUAUUCCUCCGGGCACUCUUCCGUUCAACCGUGGUAUAAAAAAAUAAUUGAACCGGAAUCUGCCAGGUAAUUUGUUUCAUCGUUCAUAACCACGAAUUCACAUUUUGUUAAAAAAAAUGUGUGUACAUUUUCCCUAGAGCGCUUCUUUGGUACCAAGUUCUGUGUUGCAUUGCGGCCCGGCACAGUCUUGGGCUCCGCUUAAAAGGACCGGUCACUAUCACAUUUGUUUUUAAAGGCGAAUGAACUGAAAAAUUUAAAGCCUCUCAAAGCCAAAAAGAAGAAGAAAAAGACAUGUGUUUUAGAGUUCGCUGGCCUUGCCGGUUUACCACUUCCGGGUUUCCAGGUUUCACUGUUCAGACUUUUCACGAAACGUUUCAGAACAUCACACAAAUUUUAAAAGUUUUGCGAAAUCUCGAGCGAAUAUAUUGGAUUUUAGUUUCGAGGGGGGGCGGUUCGCAACGCGGUUUCCCGGUGAAGCCAGGAUGUAGAUAAAUUAACCUGACAACCAAUGCCUACUGUGAUUACAUAUAUACACUCUUGGUUUGAUUUAGUAAAUCUUCGAAGAAAUUUAAUAAAAAAAUAGGCUUAGUGGUAGCGUCUUCGGUUUUUUCUUGUUCGACCUUUAUUAUCCUUUAUGGAAAAAUCGCCUAUUGUUGGAUGCAAGAAAGAUUGAAAGAGGAGGGUUUGGAUGGACCGAAUGACGUUUGAACUUGAAUCAAGGCUGGUUCAAGUGGGAUAAGACUGAUGUGAAUGUGAGAACUGAGUCAGUUUAUUUGCCGAUCCGUCGAUUGUGACAUAUUCGGUUAUUGAGAAGAGCAAGUCUGUUUCAAAUUACUUUGGAAUCACUUCAUUAUGGUUUAGUUGGAAAAGUGCUCACAUGGAUGAACUCUAUGUAUAUGAACAGAAAAAAAUUAUAUACUUUUUAUAUGUAUUCUCCUCAGUAUUUCAAAAGUUCUUGACGAUCACAAAGAUAAAAUCUAUCACAUUUACAAACAAGUUUUUUUUCCUUAUCCUCGUGUUUUACAUCUAUAACACAAUCACAUUUCAAUCCAAUCAAUAACAUUUUGACCCGAUGCUUGAAUUGAAUUGAAUUAACCCGAUUCUUGAAUUGAGUUGAUUUAUAACCGCGCAAUGGUAUGAAUGAAAUGAGUUUGAUUUGUGCUGCUAACCACACCGGCUUACACAGUUGCUCCGAAGCAAAACCCUGCAUUUUCAGAACAUGCAUAAGUAUGCAUGCAGCGAAAAUAAAUAAAUUCGAAAAAUGAAAAAGAAAUGGAAACGAUCUCGAUUCACGCGUAAGAAAGGACAAAUUAUGCCGAGAAAGUAUACAUAUAUAUACAUAUUAAUUGAUACUUCGAAAAUGCUGAAUAAUAAUUACUAUACAUAAACUUCUAAUUACAAUUAAUAAGAGAAAGAAGUAUAUCAUUCAUGCAGUAAUAAUUAUACUCUCAAAUUAAGUUCCCUUAAACGCGUAUAACAAUUAUUAUAAAUUAUAUGAGAAAUUAAAGUAAAAUCAACAAUAACACACAUGUAUCAAAGGAACACACAUUUAGAUGAAAAAAGUAUCUGAAUCUAGGGAUGAGGAAUAAAUGAGAUGCAUUUUAUAAAAUAAUA